AUGAUUGGUAAAUGUUAUAACAAUGUUAGAACAGAUAAUAAUAAUAAUAAUAAGGAAACAAAAAUAUUAAAAAAUGAGAGUAGUAGUGACUUAUUGAUAAGAGAGAAAUUAUCUCAAGAUAUAAUUAAUUUUCAAAAUGAUAAUAGUGAAGAUUAUAAUAUUAAUAAAGAUUUUGAAAAUAGUAUAAAUACACAAAGAGAGAUAAAUAUUCUGGAUGAUAACUUGGUAAAUAGUUAUGAGAGCCUUCAUAUUUCUAAUGAUAUAAAGGAUUCCUCAACAUCACUAUCUGAAUGUUCAUUACAAUUAUCAGUUAGUAGUUUUGAACAAACAUCACUUGAAAAUUUAAUAAUGUCUGAAGAAAAUUCAAAUGAAAAUUUUGUUAAAGAUUAUACAUUUGAAAAAGAAUCACAAAAAAUAAAUGAUAAUAAAAAAUUGGUUAUGGAGGAGAUAGAAAAAAUUGAAUGUAAAUUACCUGAAUUAGAUUUUAAAAAAAUUGAAGAAACAUUGCAUAAUUCUGCCAUUGAACAUGAUAUGAUAUCGAGGCGAUUAUUAGGUGACCAAGUUCGUAGGCGAUUAGCAUUACAAUAUGAAGAAUUAAUAUGUGAACCAUCACCACCUAUAAAUACAUAUCCUAAAAAGUCUAAUUUUGGUGAAAGACUUCAGGCAGCAAAUAAACUUCAGAUUUGUUACUUAAAUGAAUUACAUUAUGAAAAUAAUACUUCACAAAAUUGUUCAAACACCUUCUAUAAGACUAAAAGCAAAUCAGCUCCAAAUAUAAAAAGCAAUCAUUCCUCAAAUAAAAAUAUAUAUCUAAAUAAACCAUUCUUAAUUCCUAAUUCCUCAAAAGAGAUAUACAACAAUAAUAAUAAUGAAAUAAAUAAUGAAAUACAAAAAAAGCCACCUGACAAUAAAAAAUCUUAUGAAAUUUUAUUAAAAGCCAAAGAAUCCGUCAAACUCCAAUUUGAUUUUGAAAAAAAAGCCGGAAGAUUUAUUUCAUGUAAAGAUAUGUUAAAUAAAAAAUUUACUAGAAUUGAAUUGACUAAAAAAAAUAAUUUAGAAUUAAUUAAUUUAUAUAAUGAAUUGCAAAGAAAAGUUGACACUCAAAAUAAUACUUUGGUGAAACUUUUAAUAGAAAGAGAUAUUUUACAUAUGCAACAGGAUUCAUUAAUUUGUGAUAUUGAUGAUUUAUUACAUAGUAGAAAUAGUACAAAACAAAUUUCUAAAUUACCAAAUUUUAUGUCACUGGAGGAUGACUUUUUGGAAGAAAUUACAGAAGAUAAGGAAAUAAAUGAUAAUAAUAAAUCUGCCACAGCUCACAACACCCCAAGGGCAGAGAAUGACAAAAUUUUUGGUGGCCUAAAAUUGUCAAAUUCCUAUCCAGCCGGUUUUUUAAAUAUUUUUGGAUUUUUUAAAAAAUAA